AUGGACCCAGGUUUUUCUCCUUGCUGGUUUCACUAUCACUGGGGCCCUGCGACCUCUUGCUUUCCUGGGGACACUGUGUAUCUAUCUCCUCACCCUGGCAGGGAACUUGUUCAUCAUUGUCCUGGUUCAGGCAGAUUGGAGACUCUCAUGAGCAGACGGGUACAGUUAUGGCUGGCAGGGGCCACUUGGGUGGCUGGCUUCUCAGCUGCACUUGUACCAGCAAGCCUCACAGCCACUCUGCCCUUCUGUUUAAAAGAGGUGGCUCAUUACUUCUGUGACCUGGCACCACUAAUGAGGUUGGCGUGUGUGGACACAGGUUGGCAUGCUCAAGUCCACAUUGUAGUGAUUGGUAUUAUCAAUGCCUGCAAUCUUGUGCUCAUUUUAGGACUGUAUGGGGGUAUCCUGAGAGCUGUGCUGAAGCUGCCCUCAGCUGCCAGCCAAGCCAAGGCCUUUUCCACCUGCUCCUCCCACAUAAGUGUCGUGGUGCUCUUCUUUGCCUCUGCUUUCAUUGUCUAUGUGGGGCCACCUGAGAGUCGUCCUGAAGGCACUGACAAACUUCUUGCCUUGGUUUAUACUUUUCUUACCCCUUUUCUCAACCCCAUUAUUUACACUUUUCGUAACAAGGAAGUGAGAGAAGCUGUCAAGAGAAUCACCCAAAGCAUUAGGGCUAUGAUUAAGAGACCCUGA